CCAGCACGCUCCCUGCUUCAUCCUCCACUUAUGAGUCAAUACGUCCACGUCCCGAAAUCCGAGCUGGACGAAGCUCAGCUUCGUCAGUUAGAGGAACACGAGAUCUCGCAAGGCCCUCUGUCCGUACUUCAACAAGCCGUCCGAAACCAUGCUCAAGUCCUGAUUUCCUUGCGGAACGACAAAAAACUCUUGGCUCGGGUCAAAGCAUUCGAUAGACACAGCAACAUGGUCCUCGAAAAUGUGAAAGAGAUGUGGACAGAAGUACCAAAAGGCAACAACAAGAAGCCCGUGAACAAGGACCGGUUCAUCAGCAAGAUGUUCCUCCGAGGUGAUUCUGUUAUUCUGAUUCUCAGGAAUCAAGCAUAAUGUAUUGUUGUUUUGUGUUCUAUCGUGUACAGUAUACGCGCUGGCUAGAAGGAUUGCUCAGGAACGAGGACUAGGAUCACAUUGCGUGACGAGUUCCGGCGGUCAUUCGUUCAGUAAUCCUGGCCUCAUCUUCCAGCUCCUUCACUGUUUCAAAAUGACUGCCAGUGCAAUCCAUAUGAAACUUUGUGCGCCAAAU